AUGAAGAGCCUCAAGUCCCGCUUGAGGAGGCAGGACGCGUCCGGCUCCGCGUCGUCCGGCGCCGCCGCCACCGCCAGCGCGCAUGCAGCAGAUUGGAACAAAUACGAUGACCGAUUGAUGAAAGCCGCAGAGAGGGGAGAUGUAGAAAAAGUUUCCUCAAUCCUUGCUAAAAAGGGCAUCAAUCCAGGCAAACUUGAUGUGGAAGGCAGAUCUGCCUUCCAUGUUGUGGCCUCCAAGGGGAAUCUUGAAUGUUUGAAUGCCAUCCUUGUACAUGGCGUUGAUAUUACAACCAGCGACACUGCAGGAAGAAAUGCUCUUCACCUGGCUGCAAAGUAUGGGCAUGCCUUGUGUCUACAAAAACUUCUACAGUACAAUUGUCCCACUGAACACGUAGAUCUUCAGGGAAGAACCGCACUUCAUGACGCAGCCAUGGCAGACUGUCCUUCCAGCAUACAGCUGCUUUGUGACCAUGGGGCCUCCGUGAAUGCCAAAGAUGUGGAUGGGCGGACACCACUGGUUCUGGCUACUCAGAUGUGUAGGCCAACAGUAUGUCAACUGCUGAUAGAUAGGGGGGCGGAGAUUAAUUCCAGAGACAAACAAAACAGAACUGCUCUCAUGCUAGGUUGCGAGUAUGGUUGUAAAGAUGCUGUAGAAGUCUUACUUAAAAAUGGUGCUGACGUAAGCCUGCUGGAUGCCCUGGGCCAUGAUAGUUCUUACUAUGCAAGAAUUGGGGACAAUCUGGACAUUCUAACUUUAUUGAAGACUGCGUCAGAAAAUACCAACAUAGGGAGAGAACUUUGGAAGAAAGGACCAUCUUUACAGCAGCGAAAUUUGCCAUACAUGCUAGAUGAAGUAAAUAUGAGGUCAAGUCAGAGGGAGCAGCGAAACAUUCAGGAUCUGGAGAUUGAAAAUGAAGAUUUGAAAGAGAGGUUGAGAAAAAUUCAGCAAGAACAGAGAAUAUUACUGGAUAAAAUCAACGGUUUACAACUACAGCUGAAUGAGGAAGUAAUGGUUGCUGAUGAUCUGGAAAGUGAGAAAGAAAAGCUGAAAUCCCUUUUGGUGGCUAAAGAAAAGCAACAUGAAGAAAGCCUAAGAACUAUUGAGACUCUGAAAAAUAGAUUUAAAUAUUUUGAGAGCGAUCAUUUAGGAUCAGGAAGUCAUUUCAGUAACCGAAAAGAAGAUAUGCUUCUCAAACAGGGUCAGAUGUACAUGGCAGAUUCACAGUGUACUUCCCCAGGGGUGCCAGCCCACAUGCAGAGCAGGUCUAUGUUAAGACCACUGGAGCUGUCAUUAACCAAUCAGACCUCAUAUUCCGAAAAUGACAUUUUAAAGAAAGAGUUAGAAGCAAUGAGAACUUUCUGUGAAUCGGCAAAACAAGACCGCCUCAAGCUCCAGAAUGAGUUGGCGCACAAGGUGGCCGAGUGCAAAGCUUUAGCGCUAGAAUGCGAACGGGUCAAGGAGGAUUCCGAUGAGCAGAUAAAGCAGUUAGAAGAUGCACUGAAGGAUGUGCAGAAGAGAAUGUAUGAGUCCGAAGGUAAAGUAAAACAAAUGCAGACGCACUUUCUUGCCCUUAAGGAGCACCUGACAAGUGAAGCAGCCACAGGGAGCCACAGACUGACGGAGGAGCUGAAGGACCAGCUGAAGGACAUGAAGGCAAAAUACGAGGGCGCGUCAGCCGAAGUGGGAAAACUGCGAAACCAAAUCAAACAAAAUGAGCUGUUAGUAGAACAGUUUAGGAGGGAUGAAGGUAAGCUGGUGGAAGAGAAUAAGCGAUUGCAGAAGGAACUGAGUACGUGUGAAACGGAGCGAGACAAGAUAGGAAGGAGGGUCACUGAGGUGGAAGGCCAGGUAAAAGAACUCUUAGCAAAGUUGGCCCUUUCGGUUCCGACAGAAAAAUUUGAGAGCAUGAAGAGCUUUUUAUCAAGUGAAGUAAACGAGAAGGUGAAAAAAGUAGGAGAGACGGAAAGAGAGUAUGAAAAAUCACUUACUGAAAUCAGACAGUUAAAGAGAGAGCUUGAGAAUUGUAAGGCCAAACUGGCUCAGCAUGUCAAGCCAGAGGAGCACGAGCGGCUCAAAAGCAGACUGGAGCAGAGAGCGGGAGAACUUGCGAAGAAGGUCACCGAACUCACGUCGAAAAAUCAGACAUUGCAGAGGGAUGUUGAAAAGGUUUAUCUGGAUAAUAAGCUCCUCAGCCAGCAAGUACAGAACUUAACAAGUGAAAUGAAAAAUCAUUAUGUUCCCCUACAAGUCAGUGAAGAAAUGAAAAAGUCACAUGAUGUCACCGUUGAUGAGCUGAAGAAACAGCUUUUAGAUGUAACACAAAAAUACACAGACAAGAAGCUGGAAAUGGAGAAAUUACUGAUGGAAAAUGACAGUUUAAGUAAGAAUGUUAGCCGCUUGGAAACUGUGCUCGUGCCCCCCGAGAAACACCAGAAAGAGGUCACGGCUCUGAAAUCCAGUGUCGCUGACCUCAAACGACAGCUGUCUGAACUGAAUAAGAAGUGCGGCGAAGACCAAGAGAACAUAAAUGCACUUGUGUCUGAAAACACUAACUUGAAAAAGACCCUGAGUACCCAGUAUGUGCCGGCUAAAACCCACGAGGAGGUGAAAACCGAGCUGAAGGGUACACUGGAUAAGGCCCACAGAGAAUUACUAGAUGUGAAGAAAAAAUUCGAAGAUCUCAAUCAGGAAUUUGUAAAAACAAAAGAUGAGAAUGAAAUCCUCAGAAGAAACCUGGAAAACACUCAGAGCCAAAUAAAAGCUGAGUACAUCAGCCUCCGAGAGCACGAGGAGAAGAUGAGCGCCAUAAACCAAAGCAUGGAGAGGGUGCAGGGUAACAGCGUGGAAAUCCUGGCUGACUACAGAAAGGGGCAAGAGGAGAUUGUGACACUGCAUGCUGAAAUCGAAGCCCAGAAGAAGGAACUUGACACGAUACAGGAAUGCAUUAAGCUCAAAUAUGCUCCAAUCGUCAGCUUCGAAGAGUGUGAGAGAAAAUUUAAAGCAGCAGAGAAGGAACUAAAAGAACAGUUAGCAGAGCAGACGCAGAGAUCCCAUGUCAGGGAAGAAGAGGCCAAGAAGUACAAGCAGGAGAAUGACAAGUUGAAGAAGGAGAUUGGCACUCUUCAGAAGGAUUUAAAGGAUAAGAAUGUUCUCGUUGAGAACUCUCAUGACACGGAGAGAGCACUAAACAGGAAAACAGAAGAGCUAAACAAACAGUUGAAAGACCUGUUACAGAAAUACACGGAGGUGAAGACUGAGAAGGAAAAGCUGGUCAACGAAAAUGCCAGACAGACUUCUGAGCUUCGCGCAGCCCAGACCCUUCUGCAAAAGCAGCAUGUUCCAUUGGAACAGGUGGAGGCCCUGAAAAAAUCUCUUAACAGCACCGUUGAGCAUCUAAAGGAGGAACUGAAGAAUAAGCAGAGGUGUUAUGAGAAAGAGCAACAGACAGUGGCCAAACUGCAUCAGAUGUUGGAGAACCAAAAGAACUCUUCGGUGCCCCUGGCAGAGCAUUUGCGGAUUAAGGAAGCAUUCGAGAAGGAAGUGGGCAUCAUAAAGGCCAGCCUGAGGGAAAAGGAAGAAGAAAGCCAAAACAAAACUGAAGAGGUCUCCAAACUCCAGUCCGAGGUUCAGAACACUAAACAAGCAUUAAAAAAACUGGAGACGAGAGAGGUGGUUGAUUUGUCUAAGUAUAAAGCAACAAAAAGUGAUUUGGAGACCCAGAUUUCCAAUCUAAAUGAGAAACUGGCCAAUCUGAAUAGAAAGUAUGAAGAAGCCUGUGAGGAGGUGCUGCAUGCCCAAAAGAAGCAACUUUCUGCCAAAGAUGAGAAGGAAUUACUACAUUUCAGCAUUGAGCAAGAAAUCAAGGAUCAGCAGGAGCGGUGUGAUAAGUCCUUAACAACAAUCACAGAGUUACAGAAAAGAAUCCAGGAAUCAGCCAAACAAAUUGAAGCAAAAGAUAAUAAGAUAACAGAACUGCUUAAUGACGUGGAAAGACUCAAGCAGGCACUCAGCGGCCUUUCACAGCUCACGUCCCCGAGUGGGAGUCCCGGCAAGAGGCAGAGCCAGCUGGUCGACACCCUGCAGCAGCAAGUGAAGUCCCUGCAGCAGCAGCUGGCUGACGCCGACAGACAGCACCAAGAGGUGAUUGCAAUUUAUCGGACACAUCUUCUUAGUGCUGCACAGGGUCACAUGGACGAAGAUGUGCAGGCGGCCUUACCAGAUCAUACAGAUGCGGCAGGGGCUUGUGUGCUAACAGCAGUCCUGACCAGCGGGGUGUGCUUUAGCUGCGGUGCUCAGCAUUCCCUGUGCAACUCCACGGCCUUCCUGGGCUGCCGUGUGCUAGUAUAAUUGAAAUAAAAUAUAUUUUGUUUCAUCA